ACGCUGACACGUGUUCGAUUAGUGAAUGGAGACGAGUACAAUCUGCCCGUGACCGUGACGGGUUCCUCACUAAAGAAAAAAUAAUAACAAUAAUAAUAAUGAAUGAGGCAGAAGCGGCCUCUCCCUCUCUUCAAGCUCUCGCUUAAGCGCCCGAGCUCUUCUCUUUCAUUUCUUGAUUCCAGUUUCAAAAAUUUUUGAAAGAAAGGUAGAUUUUUAUCCUAAUCUUAAAUGAGAAUCAUUAAAUAGAUAACAAGUAAAAGAAGUCGUUCAAGAUCUUAGGGGAAAUAAAGGAGUUCGCUUUUUCUUUCUUAAUGGCUGAGAUAUGCUGUGGAGUAGUAAGUGACAGUGAAGCGUCGAUGCCUUGUGAAGGGAGUCCGAGAGCAGCUAGGCGGAGGAGAAUGGAGAUCAGACGGUUCAAAUUCGUCACAGGUGUUGUCCCAUCCUCGCCGGAGACGGCAGAAAGUAAUAAACGGCGUAAAAUUGAAGUUCACACGGCCUUAUUGCCAGCUUCUCGCCACGAGAACUCAGUAGUGAAGAAUCAAGACAAAAGAAUCGUACUAAAGGUUGAAAAUGGAAAAUUGGAAACUACAGAUAUUAUAUUUUCAAGCAAGUCUCUGAAUCUGGUUCUGAGUCCGACCUUUUCAUCACCUCCCAUUGAUCCAGACUUGUAUCCGAAAUACGGCGUCGCUUCAGUCUGCGGAAGGAGAAGAGACAUGGAAGAUGCUGUGGCAAUUUACCCUUCUUUCUGUUGCAAGGACCAAGAUUCCACUACUGAAUUACACUAUUUUGGCGUCUACGACGGCCAUGGUUGCUCUCACGUGGCAGUCAGGUGCAGAGAGAGACUGCAUGAGCUGGUGAAGGAAGAAUUGCUAGAGAGCAAGGAAGCAACAGUAGUAGAGGCGGCGACGGCGAAAUGGAAAAGCGCGAUGGAGAGGAGCUUCUCGCGGAUGGACAAAGAGGUGAUCGCGUGGAAUGAAGGUGUCGUUGGCGCUAGUUGCAGGUGUGAGAUGCAAACCCCAGAAUGCAACGCCGUUGGAUCUACAGCUGUGGUUGCAGUCGUAACCCCUGACAAGAUUAUCGUGGCCAACUGUGGUGACUCUAGAGCUGUCUUGUGCCGCAAUGGCAAGCCUAUCCCCCUCUCUACUGAUCACAAGCCGGACCGUCCAGAAGAGUGGAACAGGAUCCAAGCCGCCGGUGGACGUGUUAUAUACUGGGAUGUUCCACGAGUGCUCGGAGUUCUGGCAAUGUCGAGAGCGAUAGGUGAUAACUAUCUAAAACCGUACGUGAGCUGUGAGCCAGAGGUGACGAUAACGGAUCGGACAGCGGAGGAUGAUUGCUUGAUACUGGCCAGCGACGGGCUUUGGGACGUGGUGUCCAACGACACAGCUUGUGGGGUGGCGCGUAUGUGUUUGAGAGGGAAAGGUCAGGAGCAGCAGUCGUGUUCUUCGCCAGAGAAUGAGGUGCUAGCGGGUAGUGUCGCCGCCACCGGUGGAUGUGGGGAAAUGCCGGACAAGGCAUGCUCGGACGCGUCGAUGCUGCUGACGAAGUUGGCUCUGGCCAGGCACACUACCGACAACGUGAGCGUUGUCGUGGUAGAUUUAAGGAAAGACACGUAGCCGUCAACUUAUCACUUUUUUUUUUAACUUUUUUUUUAAAUGCUUUGAAGGUUUAUUAGAAAAAAAGGGGAAAAAAAAUCUUCUGAGUUUCACCUUAGGGGUGAGAAAUGAGAUAGUGAAAAAAGAUGUGGAUGGAAAUGGAAUUUUGGAGUAGAGGGAGGGAAAAAAAAAAGACCUAGUUCUCGAUCUGUUAAAUGAAAUCAGCUUUUUCAACGAAAAUGGUUCUAUGUUGUAAAAAGUUGAGUAUAAUUUCUUGUUUUAAUUCUUGUUAUUACUUUUUUUUAUUAUUAUUAAUUUCCAUUGUGAAGUUUUUUAGAGUAA